CGGAACAAUACGAAUCUCGAACUUUUCUUUCUUUUUCGAUUAAAAAAGAGGGAGUGGUUAUAGAGCCAAUCGUUUCCAUUCUUUGUUGGUUUAUAAACAACCCUCAGUGGCUGUAGCGAUAAAUACAGGUGUGUUGGUGUAUUGAUAGCAAACAGGUAAAGAAGCGUUCAUUGCACGACAGGGGGUGUAAUUCAUAGAUCUAAAUGAUUCCGUGCGAACCCAAAGCCCGGGUGGGAAUUAUCGGGUCUGGAAACUUCGCCCGUGCCCUCGCCAAAAGACUGACCAACGCCGGUUACCACGUGAUCAUUGGGACUCGUCGUCCACGCAGUUUGUCGGAAGUGGACUCCUGUCUCUGCAAUGUCACUGUGACGUCACUGCAGGACUGCGUGAAACAAGUUCCCAUUGUGUUUUUAGCCAUACAUUUUGAAAAUUACAAAGAUUGCCUGUCCAGCCACGAAGACCUUUUCACAGGCAAAGUGGUCGUCGAUAUCUCUAACAGACUGAAAGUCCCAAAGCACCGGUCCAAUGCUGAAUACCUCAGUUGUCUGCUGCCUAAUGCCAAUGUCGUCAAGGGAUUCAACGUCAUUUCGGCAUACGCCAUGGAAAAUGAGUUUGCUGGAGGGAGCCAUGAAGUUUUUAUAGCAGGAGAUGAUCUUGCGGCGCGAGAAAAGGUCUGCGUUCUGGCCAGAGACAUGGGUUUUGUCGCCAGCGACUGGGGCCUGCUACAGUCGGCAAGAAGAAUCGAAUCUUAUCCACUGAAAAUAUUUCCUGGAUGGAAAUCUCCUAUACUUUUCGCUGUUGCUAUUUUCAAUGUAUGGUUACUUUACAUAGUCUUCAUAUACUUUGUCAAAACAACCGCGUAUCGGUGGGAUCAGAUCUUUGUGAAAGUGUUGAACAAACCCCUCUGCAUGACGGCAAUAACUGUGUUUGCUUGUACAUAUCUACCAAGCUCGUUUGCCUGCGCCUUUCAGUUGUACUAUGGCACGAAACAUAUACAAUUUCCUGCCUGGCUAAACAGAUGGCUACUGGCAAGGAAACAACUUGGUCUCAUCGCCUUUAUACUCGUGUGUGUCCACGUUAUUAUGUCUCUCCUGAUUUUGAGUCCCACUUAUCUAAGUUCGUGGUUUCAGUCGACGACCAUUAUUAUUCCAGGAAACCGAACGGGCGACAUGAAAAUACCGAUCAAAACCUGGAUGGUAUGGAAAGGCGAGGCCGCAUGCUUGCUUGGAAUUUUAGCUUUUGUUUGCAUGUGUAUCAUUGCUGUCUCAACGUUUCCUUCUGUUACUAGAACUCUAAACUGGAGAGAGUGGAGAUUCGUCCAAUCACAACUUGGUCACGUGACUCUUUUUCUUUCCAUUUGUCACGUGGUAGUAAUGGGUGCUCCCGGUUGGGCCAAAGGAGGUCCGGUAAAAACCAUUCAGUCUAUAACAUUUCUGAGUUUGAUCAUCCCCUUCAUUACCCUCCUCUGCAAAAUUAUUUUCUCUUUUCCUUGCGUUGAUAGACGUGUGCAGAAGAUUCGUCGGGGGUGGGAAGCUUCGUAUUCGAAAUGUCGCUCCAAGUGCUCACAAAAACACGCCACUUUCGGCAAAGUUUACUCCAAUCCGUUAGAUAAAGAUAACAGCUCUGAGGAGGAUAUGAUGAUGAGCCAUCGCGAAGAAGAUUUGGCUUGUGAAUGUCAAGACACUUCAAUUGUGUAAGGCACAACGAAGUUUUAACAACAUCCGCUAAAACAUUAAUCACAGGGUAAUCUAGAGCUUCAAUUUGUAUACUAUGCUGGUUCAUCUUUUAGACACGAGCCGUGAAUAGCAAUUUUAAUGCGUGAAAUUCUCAAAACGUUAUUUUGUUCACUUAUUGUUUUGAUAUUUUGUAAUUUUAUUUACACUUAGUUCGUUGAAUCAUUUUGAUAUCAUUAACAUGUAAUUAAUUCGCCAAUAGACAUAUAAAACCAAAUACUCAAAAGUUUUUAAAAAACAAGUCUCUUAAAUUCAAAUGUUGGUUUCUUUUAUAUAUUUUACAAACUCAUCAUGUACAAAAUUACUUAUAGAAUAUACAUUUUUUAAUUUAUCCUUCAUUAUUUCUUCAUUAUGCUAAUUGCUUUUAAAACUACUAUAUAUCCAUCUUUUCUUGUAGUAUCUUGUUGUUAUCUUACCUUCAGUUAUGAUGAGUUCACUGUUUUGUUAUGGUUGCCUGUCGCUUGUUAAAUAUGACACCUGUCUAUAAAGUAUUAUUACAUUGUUUUAACUGUUGCUUGUUUAAUAGAAUUAAAUAAAACUAUCACCUACUUAUA